UAUAUAUAUAGCUAUACCCUCCUUAACGGAGGACAGUCUUGUACAACCCUCGGAACCAAUACGAUCUAGCUCAGUCUAAUACUUCGGUUCGUGAUGCUGAUCAUGAUGCUGAUGAAAGUGAGCUUGGUGUUGGCACUUUCUAUAUUUUGUUCAAUACAAGGAAAUAUUCAUAAGCGUAUUCUUGACAAAGAUUCAGUUCAAAAACAACUAAAGAUUUACGAGCUUUUUUUGUACAUUAAUCAAGAUUCUUUGAUUGAUGCGGCAUAUUAUGAAGCUGGUAAAAAUUACGACAUCAUAAAGAACAUGAACAAUUACGGCAAUGUGACAGUGGUUGAGGAUUUCCUUGAUCGGUAUGAACAAGGCCUUCUUCGACCGGAUAUGUUAUAUUCUGCAUACAACGAGGCUCAACUCGAUAAUAUGCUAGCUCUCUACAACGUAUUAUACUACGCUAAAGACUUUUCAACAUUCUAUAAGACAGCCAGCUGGGCACGUCUUCAUGUCAACAAUCUCAUGUUUUUUGAUGCUCUUCUAACAGCUAUAAUUUACCGACGAGAUACAAAAUAUAGCACGUUUCCGAUGCCAUACGAAAUUUAUCCUAAAUUAUUUUUUGACUCUAAGAUCAUCCAGGAUGCCCAACGGAAACAAAUAGCAACAGGCACUAAUCACGACAUCAACAAAAAUUUCGUCCUGAUACACUCAAAUGACACUGAUGCGUGUUCCUUGGAGAAGAAAUCUAACUCUGAAUACAAGUUGUCAUACUAUUUUGAAGAUAUUGGCUUAAACACCUUCUAUUUCUACUUUCGUAUUUCUAAUCCCUUCUGGAUGUCAGCAAACAGCUACAACCUAUCGAAAAUAGUAGAUUUAAAAAUUCGAGGAGAAUACUUCUUUUUUGUAAACCAAAAAUUGAUGGCUCACUACCACCUUGAACGUUUGUCCAACCGGAUGAGUGAACUAAAACAAUUAAACUGGAAUACAAAUUUUCCUGGAUUUUACUCAAAUCUGAGCUUUCCGAACGGUGUCCCAUUGCCUCAACGCAAUGAAUCCUUCCCUCUGCCUAUGUCUAAGAUGUCAAACCUACAGAAAAUAUCCGAGAUUGAAUCGCGACUGACUGAAGCAAUUGACUCUGGAUAUUUUGUUGACAAAGGUGGCAACAAGAUUAGUAUCUUCGAUCAUGAUGGUAUAACGAAUCUUGGUACAAUCCUCGAAGGAAACAAGGAUUCACUCAAUCUUGAGUACUAUGGAUCUUAUGAUCAACUUCUUAGAAACAUGUUUGAUCACAUCAGCGUCAAGAGUGAUAAGGUUUCGUACGUUCCAAGUGCUCUUCAAUUUUUUGUCACCAGCAUGAGGGAUCCAUUGUUUUAUCGAAUCACAGACAUGGUUAUGAAAAUGUUUUGGAGAUUCAAGGAACGCCAACCACUUUAUAGAUAUGAAGACCUUUCUUAUGCAGGUGUACACAUUAAAUCAGUUGAUGCUGACAGUAUUUUAACAUACUUCGAACCCUUCGAUGUCACUAUCAAUAAUGCUCUAUAUGUAAGAAGUCUUAAAGAUGGACUUUCCUUUAACAUUAAAACCAGGAAUUAUCGUUUGAACCACCAACCUUGGAAUAUAACCUUGACUGUUAACAGUAAUAAACAUACAAGAGCAUCAAUUCGGGUCUUUCUUUGUCCAGUCGAUGAAAAUCAAGAUUUGUACGCUUUUGUUCGUAAAAACUACAUGAAAUACGUGGUGCAAAUAGACAAGUGGACGGAGCGUUUGCAACCUGGUACCAACAUCAUCGUACGGAAUAGUCGAAAUGCGAUGUUUACGCAAAACUUUAAAGAAUCUGCAGAGUCUUACCUGGAAUUCUACAAGAAGCUCCAUAAAGCUGGAGAAAAAAAGAAAACACUUGUCUUUGAUCCACCUCACUAUGGUUUCCCUAACAAUCUGGUAAUUCCGAAAGGUAGGCCCGAGGGUAUACGAUAUAAAGUAAUAGUUUUUCUUCAUAGUUUCGAAGCGCUGAGGACACACGAAAUUCCGCUUUUUGGUGAACAUGCAUAUGAUGGAAAAGCUCUUGGUUUUCCACUUGAUAGACCAGUGGAACCAUGGAUAUUUGACCUUCCUAAUGCUUUUGUCACUGAUACAAUGAUUUAUCACAAAGAUGAUACUGUUACUAACUGCUCUCCAAAAAUGAAUUUUAAAUUCGAAAAUGAUAUUUAGAAACAUAACCUCUAACAACGACGUUUGGUGUAAUAGAUUAUGCGAUGGUGCUUUAGAAGUAUAGAAAAUACUAUAAGGAGCUCAAUUUUUUUUAUUCUGAUGAUAGAUUAAAUAAGCUGUAGAACAAAAUAUUAUUGUAUAUAGUAUAUUAAGGUGUAAAAUUAACAAGCUUUAAGCGUGUUUUAAAUAGGCAUCGAUAUUUCUUUUUUGAAGCCUUAUCUCUAAAAUAUUAAAUCCACUUUUCAAAUAUUAUCCUUUUUAAAGCAAUAUAGAGUAUAUCUGCGAAUCUCAAAUACAAAAAAUGUUGAAUAUUGUCAAAAAAAAUUUUAAUUUAUAACAGGUGAAUUACACCAAAUUGUACAUGCUCUUUUAUUUAUCAUUACUAAGCCAAGCGUUUUAAAAUUUAGAAACUUUACCCAAUUUUGCUCUUGUAUCAUUAGAAAAAUGCAUUAAUCGAUGGAAAUGUCUUAACGGCAUGGGACUUAAGGUACUCAGUUUUUCGGUUUUCACAAAAAAUGUAUCAUUGUAGUAAAUAUAUUUUAUUAAGGUAAUAAAUAGAAGAAAAUAUGGAUCUAAA